CUGUAUGUGUUUCUUUAAGGUUUUUUAUGUCAUCGCUCCAUAUCUACCCUCAUAAAUACUACAUGAAAUUUAAAUAUUGAAACACAAUUUUGAAGGUCAGCUUUACCGCUUUACAUAGGGUUGCCAUCUGCCUGCAGAUAGAGUGAAUAAAAUAUUUAAGUAGCGUAAAAUUUUGCAACGCUUUUAUCGAACGAAAGCCAUUUCAGUGCACUUUUAUUAAGAGGUAAUAUUUUUUAAUAGCGUUGCCAUCUGCCUAAAAGGUUAAAUUAAAUAUAUUAUAUAUAUGUAUGUGUCGAUGUAAACAAAUAACUUUGUUAAUUUUAAUCUCAUUUGGAAAUGCUGAAUGACCCUGUAUAUAAGUGUAUAUGCAUCUCAUGUUACAUGACAAACUACUGUGUGUUCAAACUACUGUGUACAAAAUACUGUGUUAAAUAAAUUUCACUAUAAUCGAAGUAAGCUGUUUUCGUGUUCCUUUUCAAUAUGUUCUUCGGGUUUGUGAGCGAGGUAAAAGCAUUUCACUUUACCGAGUGUGCUUCUGCGCGUCACGACAAAAACCAUGAGUAUUGAAAAUGUAAGAAAGAGACGAAAGUGUAUGCACAGAGUUGUGUCUUGUGAAUACACUAGUACAAGAAGAAGGAUGAAGCGCGUUUUGAAUUGAGUAAGGCAUUAUGGUGAAAAUACUUGUGGAAGACGGACGCGCGGUUGUACACUACGCUUUACCUGGAGAAAACUAUCUGAUCUGAUAUUAAUUAAGAUAAUGGAAACCGGCGUUUACAUUAACGGCGCUCUUGCCACAACACCAACUUGCAACGAAAUAAGUAUAAAUGGUAUUUCUAAUGGAGCGCCGUCAUCAAAAGUGGGAUGGACUCCCCCAUCUUCAGUGAAUGCAAAUGAGCAGUUGUGCCAAAUAUUGGAACAGCAAAAUCGACAAUUUAUUGAACUGUUCCAAGCGGUACAGUCACCAAAAUCCACCAGACAGGGCGGAAGUAUUACACUACCAAAAUUUAACCCUGUCGUUUUGGGUGUAGAUGCAAUUUCUUGGUGCUCAACUGUGGACGUAAUAAUGGCAGACAAUCCAUUAGAAGGCAGUACACUUAUUAUAGCCCUCAGUAAGUCAAUGGAGGGGUGUGCAUCGCAAUGGUUGUCUCAAAUAAGCUCACUAUUUCAUAAAUGGAAAUCACUAACUAUUGAGGAAAUAGCUAUCGCAGUGGUUCUUGCACAUUCUUCUCGUUUUAACAACAGUUUGCAACGUUUGUUAUUUAAAACGAGCAUAAAGACACGAAACGAACUCCAGCAAGAACUCAGAGCCUUUGUGUUUGGCAAAAGAAAGUUUGCUUUUGAAAAUCAGCCAGAGUCAAAAAAACAUAAACCAUCGGCUUACCUAAAAUGCCAUUUCUGCGGAAAAGUGGGCCAUAAAAUUGCCGAUUGCCGAUUGAAAAAAGAUAAAGGCAAAUCAUCAAUGAAAUCAUGUCAAUUUUCGGGCAGCAUGUCAGCAGAAAAAUGUCGGCCAUCACUUAUUUGCUUCAAGUGUGGAGAAGCUGGCCAUAUUGCAUCAAAGUGUAACAAAAGCAGCAAUCGGUAUUCAAGCAACAAUAAAUCCGGUUUUGAAAAGAAAGUGGACGCAUGCGAAAUAAUCGAACCUAAGGAAAUACUGAGUCAAUCUGGUGAGUUAUAUCUAUUCUGUUUUGAUUCCGGGGCUGAAUGUUCGCUUCUUAAGGAAACGGUGUCGGAGAAAUUUUCGGGAAAGAGGUAAGAGGUAUCGGAAAUAAGUACAUCUAUAUGUAGUAAUUUUCAAAUCCUAUCAAAUGUUAAAAUCGGUGAUUAUUCCCUCGGAAGUUUUAUUCCAUGCUGUACUAGAUAAAUAUUUAAAGCACGAUGUUAUGACUGGCCAUGAAAUUCUGAACCGUUCGGUAUUAUUAUUACAGCUAAUAAAUUUGAAAUUUUUAAGGAAAAGAUAGCAAAUACAUGUUCUAACAGCUCAUUUACUCUUGAUACCGACCUAUCAGAAAAU